UAUAAACAAUGUAAAAUUGAUUUUUGUUAGUAUUAUAUUUAGGCAUUCGCCAAGAUGUAGUACCGUGGGGUAACAUGAAUCAGUUAGCACAUAGGGGGAAGAGAAUCAACUUUCCAUUCUAUUUUUUCGUCACAUGUGGUAGUAAACAAAGAAAAUCUUCACGGCUUCAAUAGACCAUUAUUAAAUGUGUAAAACACGAUCAGGAUAUUUGGAUAUUAUAUGCUAAAGGUGUUCCAUCUUCCCCCAUCCUAUAUGUGUUUGUUCAGUACCAGCGAUAUAUAGAUUUCGCUGUAUCAUUCAGGCUUAUUGUCGUGGCUGUCAGUCGCACACGGAUUCGUGGUAAAAAGUUGUGACAAGACAGAUUAAUUCAUGUUACGCCCCGGAAACGAGUGAAAGUAACAUGAUUUGUACGUUAUCAGAUGCACAUUUUCUUUAUGUUGUAACAGCGAAGAACAGAUGCACAAGAUAUAGUAGAGGCAAAUAGAAAAAAAAACUUGCCAAUCUUUUUCUGGGGCAGUUUUUUUCUAAACAAGAGUAUUUUAAAGUUUCUGCUCACUUGCAAGCCAUACAGAAUGCUGUUGUAUGUUUUACUGCUAAGUGUUUUGGUACAAGCUGUAAAUUGCCAGACAGGGACAACUGCGGCGACUGUAAUAGGCGAUGACGCCUAUCCUAUAUUUCACGUGGAAUAUAGGUUUAGAAGAAACAACAGCAAGUGUACAUGCCCAGAAAACGACGGAAUUGAGUGGAGUGCGUGGUCCAGAUGUGAAACGACGUCUUCUUUUACUUGUCAUAAAGGAAUUCGCGUGCAAAGCAAACCCUGUACACUACGAAAUAACGACUGUCAAGCUUUUAAGUACAAGUUUUGUUAUGACGAAGGCAGUUGUACCGGGGAAUGGGUAUUGUGGAACAACCCCAGCUACGAAGCCCCAUGUAGCAGACCUUGUGGGAGUGGUGUUAGAGUUCGAGUUAAACUUUGCACGUCUGGUGAAAGGAUUGGAUUGUUCUGUGUUAGUACUGAGAGGAAACCUUACAAGUUGGAAUACGAAGCAUGCAAUCAAAGACCAUGCUUAAGAGGUGAAUUAUUAAACAGCUCAACACUUUUUCCAUGGGUUAAUAGAAGCUGGAACAACUCAGAUAACUUUACAAUGCCGCCAGUUAGCACACGUUUACAAGAAGCUCCACAGCACAGUAUUUUGACUUGGAUUUUAGCUGGAGCCACUGGUGUACUUGCGCUCUGUUUAAUUGUGUGCCUGAUCGUUUGUGUGCGUACAAUGAGGGCAAAUAACAAGGCAUCUCAAUGCGCAUUACCGAAUCAGCCAACCAACACAAAAGUCCCGGAAAACUACCAACGGCUAAGCCACGAAAAGGGCGGGGAUACUGCAGUGUAUAAAGCAGGGGGGCUACAAAGAACCGAACAAAUAGUUGGCGGAAGUUACCCAGCUUUAAAUCAUCAAGGAACUGACAACAUACCUCUUCCCCCGCCAGUACUGACACAUUCCUUUACCGAUAUCCCGGAUUCCAGCGAAACAAGUAAGCACAGGAAUCCUAAACGGCAGAGCGAAGAAGACAUGGGGUAUAUACCAGAGACUAAACUGAUUAAACAGCACAAGCAAAAGAAAAAGGGAAACCCGUUGCCCCCGCCUCCGCUGGACUUAGUUGAAGUCAAAUAUGACGCUUAUUUGGAGCCUACCACCAACGAUUCUCCGACGCCAGACGUUCCAAGGGUUAUGAUAUCAAGACCAGAUGAAACUAGAGAUCCAAUGAGCGACCUGCACAGUGAUGUAAACAACUCCCACAUUUAUUCAGAGAUUUAAACAUUUGCCGCGGGUGGUACAUCGUUUAUACCAUAUAAUGUCCUGUAUCGCCACGUAAACUAAUAAAAUGUGACCUUGUUUAAACUACAA